GACAGUAUCAUCAGUGUAAGCGACGUAAACACGGCAGGUGUUGGACUGGUCUGAGUUACUGUAUUAUUGAGUAUUAUAAUCACUGGAGCAACAUGAUCUUUCAUAAAAUGCUCAGAAUUUUAAGAACUUCAAAAUGUGUCAGAGUAGAUAGAGUUCCUCUGACUGUCAGUCAUUCAUCAGCGUCAACCUUUCAGGCUCUGGAGUCCAAGCAGUACAUCCCAAGACGAGUGGUCCUCUAUGUUCCCGGCAGUGAUGAAAGGAAGCUGCGAAAAAUACCCACCAUCGGGGCCGACUGUGUUGUGAUGGACUGUGAGGAUGGUGUCGCGUUAUCCAAGAAGGAGGCAGCAAGAUCUAUGAUCCAUACUAUUUUACAAUCCCAAGAAAUAGAUUUUACUGGCAAAGACUGUUCAGUUCGCUUCAACAGUGUGCAGAGCGGACUUUGUGAGGCAGAUAUGCAGGAGAUAUUGUCAGCAAAAUUUCUUCCAUCCACUGUACACCUCCCUAAAGUGGAUAGUGUGGAACAUCUUGAGUGGUUUGCAGAUAAACUGAAGUUGGCCUUGAAAGAUCACAAAGAUGCAGCAAAGCUCCGCCUCAUCAUAUUCACUGAAUCAGCAGAAUCACUUCUCAGUCUCCCAGAAAUUUGCCGUCGAGGAGUUGAACUGUCCAGAGAUGCUCCCUUUGAGCUGGAUGGCAUAGUGUUUGGUUCUGAUGAUUACUGUGCAGAUAUUGGUGCAACAAGGACAAAAGAAGCAAAGGAAUUAGCUUUUGCACGCCAGUAUGUUGUGACGGUUGCAAAAGCUUUUAAGCUGCAAGCUAUUGAUCUUGUCUACAUAGAUUAUAAAGACCUUGGUGGACUUAAGAUACAAAGUGAGGAAGGAGCUGGUAUGGGUUUCACUGGUAAACAGGUGAUUCAUCCAAGUCAAGUGCCAGUUGUGUAUGCAGCAUUCUCACCACAUCCUGACAAGGUGGAGUGGGCUGCAGCACUCGUACAGGCCUUUCAACAGUAUCAGACAGAGGGAAAGGGAGCCUUCACUUUCCGAGGACAAAUGAUUGACAUGCCACUUCUGCUUCAGGCUCGCAAUAUUCUGCAAAUAGUAUCCCACACCAUUAGGUAAUAAUGUGCAUUGUAGAACAAAGUAUAUUAUGUAUAUAGUCACAUUCUAGUGGUAGAUAAAUUACUGGAUUAUAGUCAUAUAAGUGAAUUUUUACAGAUUCACAUGUGUAAACAGGAGUACUGUACUGUAGUACAACAAGAGACUUUGUAGAAACUGUAUACAGUAUCUCAGUUAGUUAAUACCUUACUGUAUACAGUAUACCUGUACUGUAUUGAUGAAUGGGACAAAUGGAUAGCAAAUGUUGGAAUGGUCAGAAACUGCAGACAAAUGCCAUCUACAAUUAUUAAUGUGUGGGUGAUUGAUUGAUUGUUUGGGAGAGACAAGUGAAUCUCUCUCUCUCUCUCUUUUGAGGUUUAGCCAUUGUUUAAUGUUUGCAUAUGGUCAGAAAGAGAUAAACAAAUGUUUGAAAUUUCAGUAAAAUAAAAAAUAAAGGGAAUAUUUA